UUCCAUUCUCACGAAGAAUCUCUCCCCUAGCCUUUUCCACCGUUGAGCGAUUCUACGGCUUUGUGCUCUCUUCUCUUCUAGUGGGUCCCACCGCACCCACAACUCCUCUUCCUCUCACCGUCUCACGCUUUUUAAACCAGUUUCCUUUUUCCUCUUCGUAUUUUCCUCGUCCCCCCCUGCCGCCAUCGGCGAUCCCCGUCCCGCCGUUGCCCGUCGGGACGUCGAUCUGCGCGAGGAUGGAAGCAGCGCCGCGUGGCGGCGCGCUCGGGAAGCGGAAGGAGCGCGAGUAUUAUUCGUCCACCCCAGAGCAGCAGCAGGCGCUGUUCCCGGCGCUGCCAGGGAAAACAGAGCUACGCAGGCCGUCUCCCCUAUCUCGGUUCGCCGCCAAGCCUACUAUGCCGCCCCCGCCGUCACCCCAGGGCGGAAGCAGCAAGCUCCUCGCGGGGUACCUGGCGCACGAGUUCCUCAGGUUCGGCACGCUCCUCGGGGAGCGGCCGGCCGCGGCGAGCCGAAAGGAGCCCGUCAUGGCGCUCCCCGCGCCCACGCCCACGCCCGCACCCGAGCCGGCGAGGAGAUAUGCCGAGGCGUCGAGGCUUCUGAUGGCGGGCGGUCCCCGGAUCCCCGGCAUCGUCAACCCGACGCAGCUCGGCCAUUGGCUCCGGAUAAAGGAGUGACGGUGGCGCGCAUUGCCCGGUGGUGCUCCGCUGCGCACCGUGCGCGCGGCCCUCGAGGCAGCCGGCCAGGCGAUGAACGGGAGGUUUUGGACAUAGCAAGCGGUGGUUACUUUCCUCAGGUUUUUUCAUUUUCUAUUAUGUUCAGGUACUAGCUAUUUCCAUUUAGUUCAUGUAGAUUUGAAUGAGAAACUGGAGGCAUUAGCUUUUGGGGUGUUGUUAUACUACCCGUGCAAUGUCAAACUGUCUAUCUGAAUUCUCUGUAUCGGAAAAUGUUGAGACGGGUCGACGAAUCGAUGUAGAGUUUGCUGUGAUCUCCGGGUACGUAUUGUAUACGAUCGAGAGGGUGUAGAAAUGCUUCAUCUGCAUCUCCUCUCGUUUAUUGAAGUGUUUCUCCGUAA